AUCACACUGCAAUAUUACCUUUGCGACAGCAUAUCGUCGCAUACCAAUUCAUAAACAAUACGACUGCCUAGCAUCUACUAGUAGAUACUACCUACGCGCAACAGCCAAAAUGCAGCUGUCAACUAUUGUCGCGACUGCGCUUCUGCCUUUGCUGGCAGCUGCGGCGGAUCCCGCUUCUACCACCACAUCAACCAUGACGAUGACUAAGUAUGUCACCAUCUCGAAAGUGUCUCUUACUACGAGCACCUAUAGCGCAAACUCGACCACGUUCUACGCUCCCACUGGCACUGGCGCUGGCACCAUUUCAUCGUCCAUUUUCAACACACCAACUACGACGACUGGUGCUGACGGCACUCCCACGACUGUUGCGCCAACUGUCAGCCCUACCAUUGAUAACAACAGUGGUGCCGCUCUCAGUUCUGUCAAUGUCGCGCUUGCUGGACUUGCUGGUUUGGUCAUCGCGGCUUUCAUGUAAGCCUGCCUCCCGGCCUAUCUUAUGACCGUGAGAAGACGGCAAGUCCGUGAUGAUGAGGAAACCCUUUUAAACGCCUACUUGAACACUUCACUACGAAUGUUUUCUACUUCCUUUCUUUUGUCAAAACCCAGCACUAUCCGUCUUGAACGCUGUCCGGCUACCAUUACAUGCGACGAGACGAAUGAUACACGACAUUACCGACAACAACCAAUUAUCC